UAUAUAUAUAUAUAUGUGUGUGUGUGUGUGUGUGUGUGUGUGUGUGUGUGUGUGUGUGUGUGUGUGUGUGUGUGUGUGUGUGUGUGUGUGUGUGUGUGUGUGUGUGUGUGUGUGUGUGUGUGUGUGUGUGUGUGUGUGUUGGUUUUUGUGGUUUACAAGGACUUUUGACCUGAAUACGCACCAGCAUUACAGGGACAUUUGGGUUUAUGAGGACAGGGCCCAUGUCCUUAUAAUUCCGACAGUGUAGAUGCCUUUCUCUAUGUCCCAGAAGCUCCCUCUCAAAGUUUCGCGCCAUGUCCUAAUAUACCACAAAAAUCUGAAAUUUUACUAUACACUGUGUAUCCUCUGAGCUCGGGAGUGCGCCCCUGCAGCCCGGCCCCGGUACUGCAUCCGCGUCAUCGAAAAUUUGCAUAUUUUACACUUGUGUAAGUUUGGAGGCCGCUGAUUGGCUAGAUCGGCAUCGGAAGGCGGGAAAACAAAAUGGCGGCGGUGGGCGGGGCUACAUUCUGCCGCUAAUAGCGCCGUACAAGUAAGUUAAUGCAGUUUGGUAAUUAUUUAAACAUUUUUUGUAAUAAUUUAUCGAUUGUAUUUAAUUAUAUAAAUGCAUACUGAUCGUGCAAUUAAACAUGUUCCUUAAAUAUCAUCAUAUAAAGUAUGAAUGUGACAUCAAAGCUGUAAUUACUCGGUUUAAUAUCUGUAAAUUAAUGUAACGCUAUUAAUGUAACGUUUCAUAGAUGGUUAUUUAAAUAUAUAAUAAUUAUUAUUAUUAUAAUUAUAAAUCCCGUGUACACGUGCUUUAAUCAGCGAGGCAAGUGUGACUGUUUGUAACUUCCUGUUUGGACCGGACACAAUCUGUGCACCUGAAGCGAAGACAUCUGUGGUGUGAAGCUGUUGGAAACAACUAUUAUAUGAAAGCAGACACAGAGGAUGGCUGAAGGUGUGAGGCGAAGGAGAAAGCUGAAGCCCGUGGAGGAGGCCAUACAGUUUUCACUUGAACAGAAAGACAAGAAUGGACUCGAGGGCAGGUUCAUCAGUCAUCUUAAAGGGAGGGGUGUGUUCAGCUGUACUGACUUUGAGAAAGGAGAUUUCCUGCUGGAAUACAGAGGAGACCUCAUCAGCAAAGAAGAAUGUGAGCGGAGGCAAAGAAUAUAUCACCAUGCACUUAAAGUUUUCAUGUUUGAGUUUCGCUACAAUGGAAAACUCCUCUGUGUCGAUGCAGCCCGAGAUGACGGUUCUCUUGGGCGGCUUGUAAACGAUGACCAUAUUAACCCAAACAGCAGGAUGAAGACGAUUCGUGUGGAUGGAAAACCUCACUUAUGUUUAUUUGCCACAAGGAGCAUCUGUCCUGGUGAAGAGAUCACAUAUGAUUAUGGUGAUUCUGAGUGGCCAUGGAGAUGCACGACUCUUAGUGUGGUUGAACCGUCCACUCUUGAAGUCAACACACUGUCCGAGUCAGAAGACACAGACGUAGAGAAGCUGAAAGUUGUCAGUGAUCAGUCAGAGUUGGACUCCAGUAUCUGUGCAGCCUCUGAAGGACUGGAAAAGGUGACUCUGAAGAAGGACCAGUUACUAUUGGAUGAUCAGGACUGUGUUGAGAAGAUGUCACCUGUCAAAGAGCAUGUGUUGAAUGAGGAGCAGAGCUUUUGUGCCCCAGUUGAAGGAGUUAAGGAGGUCUGCAGACAUGUUGUGGUCACUUCAGCAAUAUCAAGCAUGGAUAAAUGUGCUGAAUGUGUGGGACCUGUUGCAGCUCUCAAGUGGAUUGGCCUGAGAUGUAAAUUGUGCUCCAGUUCCAGGCAUAAGUCCUGCUAUCUGAAGCUUCAUGAAUGGGAUGGAAGACGGUCAUCGUGUGAAGUAAGUUCAGAGGAAGAUGAGCUGUCAGAUGAGGAUUACAUACCUCAGUCAGAGUCAGACCAUCAGUCAGACAGUUCAGAUGAGUUGACAACAAGACCAGCACGUUACGACCAAGCUAAACUCUUAGAUAUACAGGAAGCUGCAUCAUCUAAGUUUAGUGAACAUCUGAGAUCAGAUGUAACUACCCUGAAUGUGUCUAAGGGCAAAGGAAAAGGAGUCCUGAAGGUCAUGGAAGCAGCAAGUGUGUAUGAUGAGUCUGAUUUAAUGUGUCAUGAGGAGCAGUUUACUGAUUUUGAGACAGACAGUGAAUCAGACUUUCCCAGAAAGCAAGGCUCAGUGGUAUGCAGGUUAACAGAUGUGCUAAUGUCAUCACCUCAAUCACACAAUAGUAAGCUUUUGGAUUCAAAAAGCACAGUAACAUUGAGAGAAGAGAGGGAACGCAGCAUGGCUGGAGGUGAUCAUUGUGUGCAGUCACCAAAAAUCUCCUGUUCAGCAAAUAGGAAGAAUUAUUGUUACAUCUGUGGGAAACCUCAGUCCAAGUUAGCGCGCCAUUUGAAAACUCAUAUGGCUGAAGUUGAAGUUGUUCAGGCUUUGUCACUCCCAGUUCACUCAAAAGAACGUAAAGCAAUGCUGCAAAAGCUCAGGAACAAGGGCAACUUUCAGCAUAACACUGACGUUUUACUGUCUGGAGAGGGGGCUCUUAAAAUAAAACGAGCACCAAAAAGAAAGUGUGAUUCAAAGCAGUUUUUGCAUUGCAUGUACUGCAAAGGGUUGUUUGUACGGAGAGAUCUGUGGCGUCAUUUAAAAAGAUGUCCCUCAAAACCAGCAGCUGACAGUGAAGAGCAAGGGAGGAGGAGAGUCUUGGGCCUGGCAUCUAUGGCAGAGUCUUCAUUCAGUCAGCACAUAUCACAAGGAGUUUGGAAACUCUUAGGUGUGAUGAAGCAGGAUGACAUUUCCGCUGUGGUCAAAAAUGACCUGAGUAUUCUUCAGCUUGCACAGUCGUUUUUUAACAAACAUGGUCAUGACCCUACCAAAUUUGAGUAUAUUCGACAAAAACUCCGUGAAGUUGGAAGAUUGUUGCUGACUUUGCGUAGACAGUUUUCUGUGUACAGUCUUGAAGAAGCUCUGAAACCUGCCAAUUUUCAUAGACUUAUUCGAGCGGUUCAAAUGGUGUCUGGCUAUGAUGAUGAGAGCCACUGCUACCAAAGCCCAAGCCUUGCCCUGAAACUGGGGCAUUCGUUGAAUAAGAUUUGUGAAAUCAUUCAGUGCCGAGCACUGAUGUCUGAAGACAAGGAAUUGAUCUCAUCAACAGAGACCUUCAAAAAGCUCUACUCCUCAAAGUGGUCUGAGAUGAUCUCACACACUGCUUUGGUGACACUGAAUGAGGCCAAAUUUAACAAGCCAUCAACACUUCCCUUCACCCAGGAUGUCCAGUCUCUUCAUCAGCUCCUUGAGAAGACUGCAGAUACUGCUUUUCAGAAACUACAAGAGACGGCAUCUCCUCAAAGCUAUGCAGAACUGGCCAAAGCAACCCUCACCAGAAUCAUUGUUUUCAACCGCAGACGUGCAGGAGAGGUCUCUAAAAUGCCGCUGAAGGCUUUCAAUGAAAGGGACGGCACUUCUCUCCAUGAAGAUGUAGCGAUGGGCCUGAGCAAGUUUGAGCAGAAACUCUGCAGCCAUUUCAGUCGAGUUGAGAUCAGGGGGAAGAGGGGAAGAAAGGUUGCGGUUCUUCUCUCUCCUGAUAUGGUCGAUGCCCUGAUGCUACUGGUCAGCAGGAGAGGUACAUGUGGAGUGCUAGACACUAAUACUUUCUUGUUUGCUCGGCCAAACUGCCUGAGUUACUACAGAGGCCAGGACUCUCUGAGGGUAUAUGCAAGGGAAUGUGGAGCUCAAAAUCCAGAAUUUCUCAGAUCCACUCAUCUUCGCAAGCACGUGGCUACGCUCUCUCAAAUCCUAAACCUGAAAAACAACGAGUUAGAUCAGGUUGCUGAUUUCUUAGGGCAUGACAUCCGUGUCCACCGUGACUAUUACAGACUGCCAGAAGCCACUACUCAGCUUGCUAAAAUAUCAAAGCUACUGUUAGCCAUGGAAAAGGGCUGCCUUCCUAAUCUUCAAGGCAAAUCCCUUGAUGACAUUGAGAUUGAAGAUGAGAUCAACAUGACGGAUUCUGAUGACAGUGAUCCUGAAGAAAGUGAAUCUGAUGAUGAGGCUCUUGCUGGAGCUGCGGGAAACUCCAGUAAUGCUGGUGUUCAGAAGAUGCCCAUUGAGAGCACCACUGAACUUCCUGAAGAGAGUGAGAGUGAGGCAGAAACUGAAAACCCACGGAGAGCGCAGAAGGUGUCCUGGUCAAACGCUGAAGUUACAGCUGUAAUGAAACAUUUUAAGGGCCACAUAGCUAAAGGUAAACUGGCCACACUGACUGAAUGCCAGCAGUGUAAAUCUGCUGAGGAUCCUGUUUUGGUGAGACGCAGUGCACAGAACAUAAGGGAUUUUGUAAGAAAUCGAGGAAUUAGCUUAAAAAGGAAAACCCAAAGCAAGUGAUGUUACAGUACAUUUUGUGUGUUCUUGAUGCCAUUCAAUUAACAUUAGCACUUUGGCUGUUGUUUUUAUUUCCCAUAGUGCAAUACUGUUAUGGCAGCAGUUCAUACGAAUAUCUCCUUGU